AUGAUCGACCAAAAUACUAAUAGACCUCGCGGUUUUGGUUUCAUUACAUUUGACACCGAAGAUGCUGUUGAUAGAGCUACCUUUAAGACCUUCCAUGAGCUGGGUAAUAAAUUAGUUGAGGUGAAAAGAGCCCUUCCUAAAGAUGCAAGCCCUGGUGCCGGAGGCCGGGGUGGUGGCUACCAGGGUUAUGGUUCUUCUGGUGGCAAUGCUAGCUCAUUUGAUAGUCGAAUGGAUGGUAAUAGAUAUUUACAGCCACAAACUACUGGUGGUGGCUAUCCACCAUAUACCAACUAUGGAGCACCAAGUUAUGGUUAUGGAGCUGCAACUGGCAGUGCUGGUUAUGGUAGUUAUGGCAGUUAUGGUGUCAGCGGUUAUGCAAGUGCCAAUGCUGGCUUCAGUGGUCCUCCUGGAGCAUAUGGAAGCCCUAGCGCUGGAAAUACGGGUUAUGUGAGUGGCCCUGCUGGUGCCUUAAAGAACUCUUGGAACAGCAUGACUCCUGGGUAUGGUGCAUCAGGCUAUGGAGCAAAUGCAGGCUAUGGGGCUUCCAUUCCUUGGAGUGCUCCAGGUAGUGGUGGUGCUGGCUCUUAUAUUAAUUCAGGUGGAUAUCCAUCUGUUGGUGGGCGAGAUGGGAGUGUCCAAAAUAGCAAUGCUGCUGGGGGUGCUAGUGGGACAGAACAACAAGGAACAAGCGGGGGCUACUUGGGGAAUGCAUAUGGAAGCAGUAAUGUGUCUCCAGGGUAUUCGAAUGCUGUCUGGAGGUCAGAGUGA